AUGUCCGACGACCUUCACAACAGACCUAUCAAGGAGCACACCAUGUGGACGUGCAACAAGAACAAUGGACUUGGUGGAAUCUGUAGUCAUGUCAACACCAUCGACGAGUGCUAUUGCGAAAAGUGCGGCAGCAGGCGAGGUGCCAACACCAGUGCCCUUGAUGAUAACCGUCAAACAAUAGGAACUCUCACCAAGGUGGAUCACGAUGGAACAGAAUACUGGAGAUACGAUGGUCCCUCCCGCUUCACCUGA